GAGCAACAACGAAGGAGUGAAAAGGAGGAUUUGAACAGAAAAGGUGGAUAUUUUUGGGGAUGUUUGAUUAUUCCAGCGUUGACAGCGUUUCACACGGACUUGUGGAUAAGCGAGCGUUACUUUCCUCUGUGCGCCAUGCGCGGUGAAUCAGACUGAGCAUCCUUGAGAACAGAGACGCCGGGGUUUCUACUUGGGAGAGGAAUCUUAAAAAAAAAGGGCUCCUUUUGGAAAAUUACAUCCUGUUUUUUUUUGUGUGUGUGUGCAUCAUGCAGUCAUAUUUGUGACAGGAUUCUCACGGAUUCUCCACGUAAGACUGAUAUGAAUUACUUGGAUGUGGCUUCGUUAUUGUCUGCGCCUACUGCGGUACUCUUUUGGCUCUAACUUGAAAAAAAAAGAGAGAAAACCAUUCUGUUUCUCGCUGCUGGAUAAUUCUGAACUCGGAUUUUUUUUCCUUCUUUUUUUUUUUUUACGCAUUUCAUCUGGAGUUGGGAGUAAAUGACAAUCGCCCCGCUUCGGCUGCACGGGUAUAGAUGCAGAACUAAACCGGAUAGCACAUCCAGGUCCGGGAGAGUAAAGGGCAGGUGCGCUUUGGAGUCGGCGGCUGCGCGGAGAGACCGGGCUCGUGGAUUAGGACGGUACCUGUCUGUGGAGAGCGCGUCAUGCGGACUCGGAUGUCGCGCACUAGAAGCCAUUAAAACCUGUAGGCUGGAGCUGACAGAUAAGCGGAUAUGGGCUCUGCUCUGCGGCGUCGCUGGCUAGUGGUCCAACUCCUGAUGCAGGUUUGGCUGGCGGCAAAUCCAUCUCUGAGUGAGCGCCCAUGCCCCAAGAGCUGUCGUUGUGAUGGAAAAAUUGUCUACUGUGAGUCAAGCGCCUUUCGCGAUGUCCCCAAGAACCUCUCCGGAGGCUGUGAAGGCCUGUCUUUGCGCUACAACAGCCUCGCCAGUCUUCGCGCAGGCCAGUUUGUUGGCCUCAACCACCUCAUCUGGCUCUACUUGGACCACAAUUACAUUGCCUCUGUGGAUGGAAUGGCCUUUCAAGGGGUCCGCAGGCUCAAAGAGCUGAUCCUGAGCUCCAACAAGAUCACAUCGCUCCACAACACCACAUUCCACCCUGUACCUAAUUUGCGUAACCUGGACCUGUCGUACAACAAACUGCAAGCCUUGCAGCCCGGGCAGUUCCAGGGCCUGCGUAAGCUUCUCAGCCUUCACAUACGCUCAAACUCUCUAAAAACUGUCCCAGUGCGUCUGUUCCAAGAUUGCAGAAACCUCGAGUUUCUGGAUCUGGGUUACAACCGCCUGCGCAGUAUCACUCGGAAUGCUUUUUCAGGCCUGGUCAAGCUCACUGAGCUGCAUCUGGAGCAUAACCAGUUCUCAAAGAUCAAUUUCUCCCACUUCCCUCGCCUCUACAAUCUGCGGGCGCUUUACCUGCAGUGGAAUCGUAUUCGCUCGAUGAACCAAGGCCUGACCUGGACCUGGGCCUCCAUCCAGAAACUGGAUCUGUCUGGAAACGAUCUGACGGAAGUGGAUGCCGUGGUGUACCAAUGCCUACCCAACCUGCAGACCCUUAAUCUGGACUCCAACAAGCUGACCAAUGUCUCCCAGGAGGUGGUUGACGCCUGGAUCUCUUUGACCACCAUUAGCUUAGCUGGGAAUGUAUGGGACUGUGGCCCAGCCAUCUGUCCCUUGGUGGGCUGGCUGAGAAACUUCAGAGGGGCGAAGGAGACCACCAUGAUAUGCGCCUCCCCCAAGAAAGCCCAGGGCGAGAAAGUGAUGGAUGCUGUUGAAGCUUUUGGUGUUUGUCAAUCAAACCAAGCGACAACGCUCACUGUGAGCAUCCCUCCGACUCCAUCCAGUGUCCCUGUGCAGACUGACCGCCGCCCAGCCAUUCUGGCGUCACCAACUGGUUCUGGAAAGAGAGGAGAGGGAUCUAUCAGAGGCCCCACAUCUUCAGCUGUAACCCCGCCGGUGGCACUCCCCCCAGAGCAAGACUUGGAGCCCGUGUCCUUCCAUAAGAUUGUGGCUGGAAGCGUCGCCCUUUUUCUAUCUGUCGCGAUGAUCCUGUUGGUAAUCUACGUGUCUUGGAAGCGCUACCCCAGCAGCGUCAAGCAGCUACAGGAGCAUUCGGCAGCCGCCCGCAAACGCCGCAAGAAAGCGAGAGAGACGGAGCGCACCCUGAGCUCUCCGCUGCAGGAGUACUAUGUGGACUACAAGCCCACCAAUUCUGAGGCCAUGGAUGUGCUUGUGAAUGGGACCGGACCCUGCACCUAUACCAUCUCAGGCUCCCGAGAAUGCGAGGUCCCCCACCAGUUGGGUGCGUUGACCUUCUACCGCUAUGAACAGCCUAUCGUAGACUACUGCCAGGCCCAUCAACCCCUGCGGCUCAACAUGGGCUACGAGGGACCCCCACAGGGCCUGGAGGGCCUGGAGGACCUGGGGCCGUGUGACAGGGGCACCAUACAGACAGUAGCGCUGCCUGCCGUGCCCUCUGCCGCCAGCAUAGGGGCCCCUGUGCCAGGGCCUCGCUCUCCUCCACUGCCCCUCAGACCACCGACCGAAGGUCCCAGCAGCGGCCCUUACCCUCCCGCCGAACGCACCGGCACACUCAAAUUCGGACGCUAGCGAGCCGAGGCUGGCUGUUAGAAGUGGGGCAAGGGCCUCUGAUGCACCGUGACUUUGUAACGAAGGGGCAGGCGAGCUGGUUAUUCAGUGGGGCCUUGUUUUCAGAACAUGAGUAUGUGAACUAGAGGACAAAAUUUUUCUAAUUCUGCCUGGAGGGAUUUGGCAUCUGAAACAGUCUCACUAAUAUACAGUAGAGGGUGAGGCAUCCUUGCAGAUCAUUUUUUUAUUUCCUUUUUUUCCAAAGCACCUCAUAUUAAACAUAUUACUACUGAAUCAUGGGAGGUAAUCCAGCAUUUGACUAAAAAGUAUUCCAAAAUCUGGUCUUUGCCAUAGCCCAACAUGGCAUGGGGGGCACCUGUUCACAGCAGUCUACAUGCACUGAGUCAGGAGUGAAAGGGAAAGUGCAAUAAACAUGAGUUCUCUAUCGCAAAAAGUGAGAAUAUAAAACAUUAAAGUGAUGGAGCUUGACAUCAAGUUAAGAGCAAGGGGCUUCUUACUGUGAUUCUUAUUAAAAUAUCUAGUCAGUAGUUGUUCACAAAGGUAAAUCCACGUCAUUAUUCCAUUCUGUCAAGACAAUUUCAUAGAUUUUCUCCUUCUUUUGUCUUUUUUUUGUUUCUUUAGCUGUGGGACUUCAUGCUGAAUUCCAUUAAUGUGCAUGUCAAACCAAAGACUUUACUUAUAUUUUUCUUUUAGUGCACAUAAGCUACUUAAGCUGAGGGCAUUCUUAAAAUGCCAGUUGGUCUCCUGAACUAGCGCGUGCCAACUCACAUUCACAAUUACAACCAAACCCCCCUGGUGGUCUCAGCUCACUCGUCUUCACAGAUUAGCGAAGCAGUGAAACUACAAAAUUCUAAAUAUAUUUAUCAUAACAAUUACCUGGUCCUCCCAACAUCAAUUAAAUAGUCAUUCAUGACAUUUUAAUGCUACGAUCAGCAGCAGAGGAGAUAUUGUGGCAUGUUCCAUAAAUUUCUUAAACAUACAGUACGGGGGCCAUUCGACAGCAGAAUGGCAGGUCUUUGUAUAUGAUUAUAUCCCAGCUGAAUGACUCACUAUGCUUUAAAGAGGUAAUCAUGGGGAAUUUCUGUGGUAAAAUAAGUACAUUUGAAUGCAAGGUAUUGUACAUAUUCUUAUGAAAGGUCCACUUUACUGAAGGUCAAACCACUCUCACUGCCCCAUUUGAAACAUUGACUCGACGUUGACUCAAUGUAUGUACUUUGAUCACACUGAACAAUUUGGAGAGCACCGGGGUUGGCAAAGCCCCGAACAAGUGCUCUCGUCUCCCCUCCAACGGCAGAGAACAGCAGCGCCAUGUUGAACCAGCACGUUAACUUCUCUUUAACCUGCGUAUGAACCCAUGGACUGGACUGGGAAUAUUGCCUGACAUCUCCUUUUUGUUCCAGAAGAGCGUGCCUGCAGUGCUGGACUUUAUUGCGCUGCUUGGUAACCCUUCGGCCACCGUGUCGGGCACUGACUUGUGGAGCUAAUGAGGACUACAGAUACGGCCGUGAUGGCUUGUCAAAUAUCAUCUCCGGCUUAAUCCGAGCGGUGCACCGGGGUCGUUUUCUACACGUCAGCGGUCAUACUCUCUGAGGAGUCGUGGGGACUGUGCUCGGUCCUCCCACGGAGCAACUACCCGAUUGAUUGACAGAUGAAAUUGCGAGGGGCCAAAAUUUCCUACGAAAGUGGGUGUAUCCUCAAGACGAAAAAAAAUAGGGAUUUUUUUUUUUUUUUUUUGGUUCGUUUUGUUAUUUUGUCUUUUGGCUCGGAACAUUUAAAAAGACAGUUUUUGAGGUGUUCAAAGAUGAUGUCAAGAAAUUCUAUAAGACUAAUCAAAGGACGAUAUCGAAUAGAACUUAUUUAUCCUGUAAAUAGUGAAUCUUUAAAGAUGAGGAGUAAAAAAAAAGUAUGAACUUCACUUCUUCUGAAACACAAACUGCUUGUGAACAGAAGAGGA